AACAACUCACUGGUCAGCAGCUGCAGUGAAUUGUCUAUCGCGUCUCAGCAACAGCUGAAAGACUUUGGUGACCCGAGGAGGACUGAAGACCGAAGACCUAGCCGCAAAUUCAUACGGAUAGUUGUCUGUUUUUUGGAUAUGUCCUGAUUGUGUUCUAAAAUGCUGAGCAAAAAGGCACCAGGGUCCGGGAUGUUAACUGUAGCCGCAGGCAUAGACCGAGGACGCGUCGGAGAGCGGCUACAUGCGGCUCUAGCCGGGCUUCAAGAAUUGCAUUUUCUCAAGGAGAAACAAGCCGACAUGGUUCACUGGGCGCUUCGCAUGGAUCGAGAGGAAUCGACGGGUCCUUGUCAGUCGAACACGAAUCCGAACCCAGUUUAUGCUGAAGAACAACGAUUAGAAGCGACGUUGACAGCGCUUAAACAACAACUGACACGACUGCGGAGGCAGGAUGUGGGUCUGAAGACUCACCUGCAACAGCUGGACCAGCAGAUCAGUGAGCUGAAACUGGACGUCUGCAAAGCCUCCACGGAGCACCUUGAGAGCGACAGUCGUCCCAGCUCAGGCUUUUAUGAGCUCAGUGAUGGAGGCUCAGGGUCUCUCUCCAACUCCUGCACAUCUGUGUACAGUGCUUGUCUGUCGUCGUCCUCGCAGUCCAACCUCCAGGCCUUCUACACUCCUAACCCUGCCGUGAAUGAGGCGUCUCGUCGCCGGUCAGCUGACGAGCCCAUGGCCCAUCCUGACCCACCAAGAGGCACAGGCAUCCGCCUGGGCAGCAGUCGGCUUCGUACGGGCAUGCCCGGCUCCGAGCGCGGCAGGCAAAGACCUGUGUCCACAGGUGACCUUGAGAGGAUGAUGACUCCAGGAGUGGGAUACGGCAAAUCUGCCGACGUCAGGACCUCACCUCUGUCCAGCAAUCUGCGCAACGUGAACGCGGACGUCAGAUACCAGAGCAGCUUGGUCUCCCGCGGCGGCACAGAGGUCUACCGCUACCCGAGUCCGCUACACGCGGUUGCCCUCCAAAGCCCCAUCUUCUAUCUCAGCGCCAAUCCGCCCGCCUCGCUGCCAACGGAAAACCACGAGCCACAGGAAGGCGCGGCGGCUUUCAGCUCGGCCGACCCUGAGGUCGUCGGUGCAAAGCCUGAGACGGCACAAGUCAGACCAGUUGGCUACAUCAACAAGAUCCUUCAGCGUAGCACAAGUAAACUCAACAUUCUGAAUGAGAACGCACCUGUCAUGGAGCCAUUGUCCAGCGGCACCCCGCACUCUCUAGUGGCCAGUGCCCAGGAUAUGGAGAGGGGCCAACUUGGCAAGAUGCACACUCCCAUUUUCUUUCAAGAGAGCACCAUGCUGUCAAAUAACUACCUUGGUGGAAAUGAGAACCCAAAGAUGUAUUAUCAUCACAGUCAAGGGAAUUGUGUAACUUCUAGUGCAGGCGUAAAUAGCAACAAAAAAGAACCAGCAGAGAUUUCCCACUCUAACCACACAAGCACCUCAAGGGAAUUAAAAUCAAGCAAGACGGUUUCAAAUGUAGAAGUUGUUGGAUCUUUAACUAGAGAUGGCCCCAAUGGGAACCCCUGUGAACGUAACGGCCAAGAGACAAGGAAGCGCUCGAGUUCUAAGCCACCAGAGAGGAGACCCAAGGUUGCCACAGCCUCUGAAGACACCCGUGCGGUUCCCUCUGAGUUUGUGCACGCUCAGUUUGUCCCAGCUGGGACUCAGCAUGUCAAGAUCCAGCAGGCAGACAAAAAGACAAAGGCAGUGCGCUUGCGAAAACGGAGUUGUGACAAGCCGAGAGGGUCUAAGCACCUCCAGAAGCAUUCCUCCAGGGAGCGCGAGAGGGAGGCGUCCGCCAAACUACGCGUGGAGAGGAACUCCAAGUCAUCCGCCGUAGAAAAGGGGCUCGCAAUGCGCUCAGCGUCCGAGUUCAGCAUCCCUAGACACCCGUGUCUUUGUUGCUCGAGUUGUUCGUCUCUGGCUUCAACCAACCAGGCCAUGAAAUGUGGCAAAGCCUGCCGCCCCUACCAGCCCAGCUUGGAGCACCUCGGCCACGACCAAGGAGGAGGAAGACGCAGGCCGUGUCCUCAGAAGUACCUGUCCGCCUCAGAGGCCCGCUUGUCCCAGCCCACCUCCCAUAGCCACAGGCCCCGAGAGGUUCUGAUCCACAGCCCUGGCCGAAGGUCAGGGGUGAGACCGCAGUCUGGACACUGGGGUGGUGUUGCUUCUGCUGCUGCUGCUGCUGCUGCUGCUUCUACACACCGUCCGUCCCUCAGGCCCUCGGUCUCCGUCGCUUCCUACUUCAAUCAGAUGGACGCUAGAUACCCUCCUGCCCCCCGCAGAGGCCCCAGCGGCGGCCGCUACCCUCCGAGGUGCGAGUCGGAGGUGUCGGAGUACUCGGCGGAGUGCGCGUCCCUGUUCCACUCCACCAUCGCCGAGAGCAGCGAGGGCGAGGUCAGCGACUACACCACCAACCGCUUCGGAGACAGCGAGUCCAGCCAGGGGAGCCAGUCGAACUCCGAGUCGGACAGUAGCCUCUCCCUGGACGAGGACGAGCUGGAGGAAGAGGAGGGGGAGGGGGAGGAAGGCGGACUGGUGUGGGCAGAAGCAGCACUUGGGCCUACAGCCGCUGGGCUUCCCCUACCCCAGGCUGAGCCUUCGGCCUGCCGCAUCAAAGCCUCUCGUGCCCUGAAGAAGAAAAUCCGAAGGUUCCAACCUGCCUCCCUUAAGGUUAUGACUCUUGUGUAACAACUCCACUGAGAUGUGUGUGAUAGUAGAAGCUUUUUCCUGUUUCAUCAAUGUCGAAGUAAAUGCAAAUGUAAAAAAAAUCUUUAACAAAAUGUAAAACUAUUAUAAUUGUAUCCUCUUGGGGGGGACUCGGUGAGUAGUAUUGUCAAAGACUCUUACUGUGCUUUGUAAAAUCAUGUCUUUGUAAAUGCUGCUUUGAAUUACAUGAACACUGCUUUGUGAUACGUGAAUUAGCAUCAGAAUCCAUUUCAAAAUAAAA